CGCGAUGAGGCCGCCAUGACGCGGAGCUGCUCGGCGCUGGGCUGCAGCGCUCGCGACAACGGGCGGAGCCGGGAGCGCGGCAUCUCCUUCCACCAGUUCCCGGUGGACGCCGCGCAGCGCCGCGAGUGGAUCCGCGCAGUCAACCGGCUGGACCCGCGAAGCCGGCGUGCCUGGAGCCCCGGACCGGGGGCCAUCCUCUGCUCGCGGCACUUCGCCGAGGCCGACUUCGAGCGCUACGGGCUGCGGCGCAAGCUGCGGCGGGGGGCUGUGCCGUCCCGCUUCCCCCUGGCGGAGCCGCCCCGCGGCCACCCGCGAAAAGUGCCGCUGCGGAGCGCGCUGCGGAGCCAGGACCACACGUACAGCCGCAGCGGGGCAGGGCCGGCCUCGCCCGCCGCCGGCCCCCGCCGCCUCUGCGGGCCCGUCCGGAAGCUGGCAGCGCGCCGCGGGUUGCCGCGGGCCGCGCUGCGGGUGCUGCGGGCGCUGUUUCCAGAUCUGCCCCGUGGUGCCCGGCGCUGGAGGCGGCCCGCCGAGUAUUGCCCUGCCAUGAGACAGUUCGCCUGCCUGCUGCACCUCCGCCACCGCGCCGCCUAUGAGCAGCUGAGGAAGGUUUUCCCCCUGCCGCAUCCCGCCAGCCUGACCAACUGGCUGUCUAACGAUGCUGCAGCUCCAGGCUUCAGCAAUGAUAUGUUCGUCCAGCUUCAAGAAAAGGUGGAGAGAGGGGAACAGGCCUACUGCUACUGUACCCUGAUGGUACAGGAUAUGUCCCUGCAGAAGAGCCAGGAGUGGGACCAGCAGACCCAGCACCUGACUGGCUUUAUUGACUUGGGAGCAGGCAGCCUUGAUGCUGAUGAAGCUCCGCUGGCCUCAGAAGUGGUAGUUGUCAUGGCAGCCGGUAUCUCAAGCCCUUGGAGGGCUCCCCUCGGCUACUUCUUUGUGAGCAGCGUGACUGGUUGCCUGCUGGCUCAGCUGCUUCGUCAGGCCAUCAGUAAACUGAACAACAUUGGUGUCACAGUGCUGGCCGUGACAUCGGGUGCCACCGCAUGCGGGGCUGAGACGGCGAGAGCUCUGGGGGUCAGGAUCAACCCCCAAAGGAUCCGCUGUGCUUUCCAUCACCCGCCCAGCUCCACUCACUGCAUUGCAUACUUCUUUGAUGUUUGUCACGCUCUCCGGUUGAUAAGGAACACACUGCAAUACUUCCAGAAGAUACAGUGGCUCAGUGACACUGUGCAGUGGCAGCAUGUGGUGGAGCUGGCAACUUUACAGGAGAAAAAGCUGUUAGGGCCCACAUCAGGCCAUCCAGAGAGCAAAGAGACUUGCCAGCUAAAGGUCAACCUUGCUGCCCAGUUGUUCAGUGAGGGUGUUGCUGAUGCACUGGAGCACCUCCAGAAGCUGGGCCUGGCCUCAUUUCAGAACUGUGGUGGUACAGUCAAGUUUCUGCGUACGAUGAGCCGUCUGUGCGAUGUAUUUCAUGGCAGAGGUCCCUACUGCAGUGGACUGAAGGGGCCUUUGCUAGCUGGAAAUUACAACAAAAUCAGCCCCCUCUUCCAUGAGGCCAAGAGCUUCUUUGUUACCUUAACAGACUCUACAGGGAGAUACAUUAUUAAGAGCAAACGCAGACUGGGCUUUCUGAGUUUUUUGCUCAAUGCUGAGAGCCUCAAGUGGCUUUACAGCAACCCUGUGCUUCAAGAGGGUGCUCCUUCUCACCGCCUCCUGACCUCUGCCUUCAGCCUUGAGCCGUUGGAGCAGUUUCUCUGGGCUCUCCGGCAAGCCUGCAGCGCUGGCAGUGGGAACCCCACCUGUGCCAUGUUUCAGGCUGCCUACUGCAAAGUGCUGGCUGGCUGCAGCCUGGCCCCAGACACUCUGCACAGCACAGCAAGUAUAAGCAGCUUGGACUUGUCCCUGUCUCACAGGACAGACCUUACCCUUGGCAGCAUUUGUUCUCAGUAUAACCCAGCUCAUAGGCCGAUGCUGGCAGCAGAGCUCCCUUGUGCUGGCCUUCUUUUGCGUGACUCUCCUCUGAGCAAUGCACUUACAGACCUAUCACUGCACAAGCAGAGCAUCACCUUUGCUGCAGGCUUAGUUGCUGAGCAGUUAGCCUCCAACUUGCGAUGUGAGGCUUGUGUUGCAUCCCUCUUUGAGUCAGAGAGCAGGCUAAGGUGCGGAGCAGUGCUCUACAUCAAGAAGUUACACGGACUAAGCCUGCCCUCAGCAAGCGUGCACCACGUGGCAUACAUUUCUGAACAAAUCCUGAGCAGGCACAGACAAUUGGGAGAUAACAACAAGAACUCUAAGUUACAUUAUUUGUCUCUAGAACAGAAAAUUUUCCAUGAGCUUCUGGGACAAAAUCACCUCUUCCCUACCCUUUCUGAGCACCUAUUUGAGGGGGAAUUGCACACUGACAAUCACUACUCAAUCUUAGUGAAGGGAAUAGCAGAGUGUUACUUAAACAUCAGAACAAACCAAGCCCAAAAAUUGAACUUCAGUUACCACUGUGGCAGGCACAGAUUGAAGAAAGUGAAGGGAAAGCAUUUGUUCCCAUCACAGCUAGGUAGCUGUUGGUCAAGCCAAACCCAUGCAGGAUCAUGAAUAUUUAUUGCUGUCCUCCAGCUCAGUGGCCAGAUCCAUGCAAUAGGUGCCCAGCAAACCACAUGGUGUCUUUCCAUGAUUUGCCAUGCAAAACUAGUGUUGACGAGUGAUGACUUGGGACACUGUGAAUGUUCUGACCCCAGUUUGAGUAGGCAAAGCAAGGAAGUCCAUCUAGCAACCCUGUGAAGCAGCCACAUAUUUCGUGCAACUCAGGGCAAAUCAGGAUAGGAAGCAGUUGCUUAAAAUGCCUGGGGAGGUGGCAAGGGACAGCAUGGUGUCUGCUCCUGAUGCUGGCUAGCAUAGUGCUGUGAGUGCUCUUGCUAGGAGAAAAGAUGCAUCCAUAUUUGCAAGGGGCAGGGGGGUGGUGUGCUGCUAACUCGAUUUUACCAUUAGCAGAUUUGUGAUUAAAUCAGCUGGAACUAAGAGACUCUAAAGGGAAAAUGCUUAAAAACAGAAAUAAAUCAUACGGAAACAAAA